CGCGCGGCUGGGGAGAUGAAGAAGCGAGGGGCGGAGCUGUCCGGGCGGGGGCGCGGCCGUGGUGGCAGUGGCUGAGGCCGCGGGAGCCAAGGUGGCGCCGCAGCCCCAGCCGGGAAGACUAGGCGGUGCGCCGGGCUCCGCGCUGCCGGCCUCCGCGCUUCUGGGCUCUGUGCAGCCGGGCGCCGCGCUGCCGGGGUCCGCGCGCGGGAGUCCCUAAGAGUUUGGCCCGGAGCGCGGGGAAGUUUAGCUGCGGAAGCUCUGCUCUGGGGAGAGGUGUGUGUACCUGCAGGCGCCCGCUGGCCUCCGCCCUUCCCGCCGCUUGCCAGGUUAUUUCCCAGACUGAGUGCCUAAACCUGCAACCAAGGAUUGAAAAUAGCUGGAAAAACAAACAAGUGCUCUUCCGAAAUGAAGAGAAAUGUAGCCAUCUGAAGUGGUCAUGAACCCCAAACAAGUCUUCGUCUCCGUGCUGGUAUUUGGAGUAGCAGGGCUACUCUUCUUCAUGUAUUUACAAGUCUGGAUUGAAGAACAUCAUGCAGGAAGAGUAGACAAGAGGAGAGAACAGAAGAUAACGUCAGUGACUAGAGAAAAAAUCCAGAAACCUACCAUCAACCAGAAUCCCAAGUUCCACAUGCCUGAAGAUCCAAAGGAAAACUUCCUACUGAACUCUAAGAGACCUACUAGGGUAUUAACAAAGACCAACCAUUCUCAAGGGGAGAGUCAAGCUUUGAGUAAGACAACAGCAUCUCCAACCAUUAGGAUGACUGAAAAGCAUCGAAGAACUAACACCCUUCCAAAGAAAUUUGGUGAAAUGAGUUGGCCAUUGGCCAUUCAUCCUUUAAACAAAAGUUUAGUUAGAGAUGACAAAUGGAAGAAAACUGAUUUGACCCAAGAGAUGCGUAGGUCUUUCCUUCAAGAGUUUUGCAAGAAAUAUGGUGGCAUGAGUCAUUUUCAAUCACGUCUUUUCCAUGUAGUAUCCAGGAUCUAUGUAGAAGAUAAACACAAAAUCUUGUACUGUGAAGUACCCAAGGCUGGCUGUUCCAACUGGAAAAGAAUUUUGAUGGUACUAAGUGGGUUAGCUCCCUCUACAUAUAACAUCUCCCAUGAUGCUGUCCACUAUGGAAAAUAUUUGAAAACACUAGAUAGCUUUGACUUAAGAGGAAUAUAUACUCGUUUAAAUACCUACACGAAAGCUGUGUUCAUUCGGGAUCCCAUGGAAAGAUUAGUAUCAGCAUUUAGGGAUAAAUUUGAACACCCCAAUAGUUAUUACCACCCAAUAUUUGGAAAGGCAAUUAUAAAGAAGUAUCGGCCAAAUGCCUGUGAAGAAUCACUAAACAAUGGAUCUGGAGUCAAAUUCAAAGAGUUUGUCCACUAUUUGCUGGAUUCCCACCGUCCAGUAGGGAUGGACAUUCACUGGGAAAAGGUUAGCAAGCUCUGCUAUCCAUGUUUGAUCAACUAUGAUUUUGUAGGGAAAUUUGAAACUUUAGAAGAAGAUGCCAACUACUUUUUACAGCUUAUUGGUGCUCCAAAAGAGCUGAAAUUUCCAAAUUUUAAGGAUAGACAUUCUUCGGAUGAAAGAACCAAUGCCCAGGUUGUAAGACAGUAUUUAAAGGAUUUGACUAGAACUGAGAGACAAUUAAUCUAUGAUUUUUAUUAUUUGGACUAUUUAAUGUUUAAUUAUACAAUUCCAUUUUUGUAGUUUGCUUUCAUUUUCUGAUACUCUAUUUCCUUCAUGAAGAUUGCCUCAAAUUAGCUAUUAUAAUUUCUCUGUGUGCUCUGGAUGAGAGCAACUUAACUAAAUGCAGUUGUCUUGAUUUAAUGAAUACUUCAACCAAAUAAUAUGUCAACAAUUGGCACAAACUUAUAGGAAAAUUACCUAACAGACACAUGUAAACAACUCGAGUUGCUCUAAAAUGUUUGGAAAGAACUGCUUUUGCAUUAUGGAUUGUAUUACAGAAACAAUAACCUAGCCAGCUGCUACAUUAACUACAACAGCCUCUUGCAAUGAUAGGAAAAGGGAUAUAAAACCGCAUGGGUAUAGAUCUACAUCCUGGGAUUUAUUCUUUAAUGUGCAUGGAUAUAUUUUUGCCAGUCUGUGACAUGUUAAUCAAACACUGGAUCUUUCUCUUAUACUCUGAGAACCUUUCUGUUAGCUGUAAUGAUAAAUCAGUUUUGAGUGGUAUUUUGGAUAUAAGCAUUUUGCUUUAGAGGGGAACUUACUAUGUGAUUUACAAUAUGAGAAUCUAACAAAAAAAACCUAGAUGAGACUACGUCAUUUUGUAUUCAGCAGCCAAUAAAAACAUGCACAACAAUUUUAACAUCAGAGAAAAAAGACAACUUUUCUUGCUCGUGAAAAACUUAAGGGAAUGGAUUUUUCUUCUGAGCCCUCUAUACAUAGACAGAAUGAAUACAAGCGCUAAAGUUUGUUGUUUCUGAAACAGGAACUCAAGACCUUUAAGCCUCUUCAGAUAGAAAUGUGCUCCCAAUUCUGGUUUAAUUGUGAAGGAGUAAAUUGUUUCAGGAUGGAAUAAGCAUGAAGAACAAAAGUUGCCACUCUUAAUAUAGACCUCAAACAAUAAGUUUUCUAUAAGAAUAUUAUUUGAAUCAAAGCAUCAUGUGCAUGGUUUUGUAUAUGGCAUGUACCCUAAGAAUAGCUUUUGUUUUUAGUUUAAUUAUUCAGUUUGAGAAUGACUUUUUAAAAACUAAUAUACUACUUCAAAGAUAGAUCAUAUUAUAGAAAGUCAACUAACAAGAGCCCCUAGAAACAUUUUAAUAGGCUUAUGCAUAAACAAAUUUAGGUGGUUUUUAAGUUUAAAGAUUCUAUACUAAGAAAGUCACAUAGCAUUACAUUCCAAUAUUAAAUUAAAGUCUUUGGAAAAUAAGGCCAUGUGUCACCCCUGUGAAAAGCUAUAAUGGAGUGUAGACAUUUUUUUCCAAAGAACCCUAACUUAAAAGAAACAUUCUCUGAUCGGGAAUUUAUUUUAAUUGGUCAGCUGUUAGCCUGAGUCAAGCAGAAUGCAUGCAAACCCCGUUUAAAUGCAUUUGCUAUACAUGUUCUCAAAUAUCACUCUAGUAAAGACUUAGAAGCACCUUUCAAAGAAAAGUAAGAAUUCAUAUCUGAAUAUUAAUAGAACUUGCAUAGCGAUAUAGUCAUACUAUUUCAUUUUGUAUUUCCAUUUCAUGGCUGAGUAUUCAUGAAUUGGUUCACUUUUCACACACCUACUUUGCCCCAUCUGAGUCUCCUAAGUAGUGAGUAAAUGCAAGGCCGGCCAGACCAUAAGUAGUAAACCUUCCAAACCAACCUUUUACGACUUUCCCACUCCAUUUAUUCUUGCCUCAUACACUCUGCUUUCUGCUUUCAAGGUGUUUGACUGUAGAGUAUUUCCACUGUAUAAUUUAAGUCUUGCCAUUCCAUAAAGAAUGAUA